AUGGCUUACUACGCACUGGAGCAGUUCAGCCUCUGCGCCGAGAGGCUGCAGCAAGCCCUUGCCUUGAAUCCUGGCAACAAGGACACGGAGAAGGACCUUGAGCGAACGACUCGCAAAUACAUGCAGGGCAAGCUGUUCUAUGAUCAGCAGCAGCAGGAGGAGACGAGCUACACCACCUGCGGCAUCUGGGCCACAGCGUCUUUCGUCAAUUGUUCCUGUCUCCGAAACCGUCACCGCUCUUGUAUUGGCGACAUGUUGAUUGUGCGAGCCGGCAGAGACCUCGGUGCCAUCCUGAAGCAGACAUUCCAAAAACGCCAGGACCUUAUCCAGGAGGUUUAUCCCGCUGUGGCCACUUCCGUAACCAAGGCCCAUGAGACCACCAUUCUCAAGAUGCUCUCAAAACUGGAGGACACCUACGCUAACGGCAAUGUCACGCAGGUUUUGACGGUCUCGGAAAUUUACCAAGCGCUGAGCAAGAGACACGUGGUUAAGGGCAAAGCCAUGAAUAGUCUUGAGUUGGCGAUUAAGGGUCUCGUCGAGGCGCUCGACUUCGACAUUUUUGCGUCUCCUCCCAACAAGUCAUCCGGGAUACCGGUGCUGGAGAUCAAGAAAUGGGAUCAUGUGAACGAGUCCCGUCUCAUAGUCUUCCUCGCGAUGUAUGCCGAUUACUUGAAGGUCGCGCCCAGGUUGUGCGAGGCAGUAAGGGGUUGUACCGAGACCUCGUACCUCAUGCUUUGCGGGGAGAAGGAAACAUUCGGCCAGUUAGAGUACUUGAAGCAGGCAGCAAGUCUGAGAAGGAGCCACGAAAGGAGAGGGGGAGAGAGGUUGCCUGAUCUCUAG